CACGCAGUCCGCUACCGCUGGAAGAAUCGCUUUAGGAGCCGCUGCUGCGCGCUUAUCUUUCGUACUUCGAGGCAAAAAUGAAAGUGGUCGGAGCCACGUGCGCACUGAAGAGCAAGGUUGGUCUGUCCGAGCAGAGCCUGGCCAUUUCCAAGUGCAAGCUGCCUCUGCUGGACGAGCAGAUGAGCGCCUUUCUGCAGGACAUGAACAGCUGCUACAGCAAGCUGAAGGAGCUGGUGCCCACGCUGCCCGCCAACAAGAAGCACAGCAAGGUGGAGAUCCUGCAGCACGUUAUCGACUACAUCUGGGAUCUGCAGGUGGAGCUGGACGGCCCUGGUGGUCACCGGCAGCCGGGGACAGCAGGGACACGCACUCCCCUCACCACCCUGAACGCCGAGCUUAGCAGCAUCUCUGUGGAGAACGGUUGCUCGGACGACAGGAUUCUGUGCCGCUGAGGUUGAGAAGGUCGCCAGUAAAUUGACCUGAUUGACGUAUUCAGCCGGUGCUGUUCCAGCAGAGGAUGCAAAGAGAACCAGCCAGCGUCCGUGCAGCGCCGUCGCGCACUACGCACCAAAAAACAAAAAAACUGGGACUGCUUCUUUGCCUGAAGUGUCAGAGUCGGCGAGUAGAGCUCCACGGCGUGUGUGUAAUGUGUGGUUUAGUUCCACCAGUUUGCCCUGGAGUCCGUGACUGAGCUUCAUAAGUAAAUAUGUUGUCUGUAUUAGAUGUCAUUGAAAAAAAAAAAAAAGACCAUGCCUUAAAUCAGGGGAGACCA